GCCGUGCACGCUCAUCACGGAUUCAGUAGGGAGGCGUUGCGGAGUUUGCCGGAGAUGUGUCCCACCUACAACCCAUGCGCGCGCCAUUCGUGCGUGGCUGUGGUACCAAUUCUUCAGCUUUGCACAGUAAUUAUGGCAUCCGUUUAUGGGGUCGUAAUUCGUCUGCCAUUCUACGACAUACACUCGUCGUAAACAUCAUCACAUUUCCACUGCCUGAAACCAACUGUCACUGGAGACACUCCACUAUUACUUUCUAGCUUCUGCGAAACCCUUCAAAUGCCUCCCAAGCCACUUGCUGGAUGUUUUCAGUGCAGGGUGAGCAAAAAAUUGUGUCCGAUGACUGCGCAGGAUGGAGUAUGUGGCUAUUGUCGUGUGAAAGGUUGGCAAUGCCAAGGAUAUGGCGAGGCGGUACCAGGAUGGACUAAGGACCGAGCGUUCAUAAACCAGGUCAGGGAGACACUGAUGAACCCGGCUGACCCUCUACCUGUACUUGCCGGAACCAGUGGGGGGGCAGCCAUGGUGACCGGUACCCUUCCUCCCUGUGCAUAUGAAGGGGGCUCCGGUGGACGUCGACACCGGGUCAUGCCCGUUAGUGAUCAAGUCUUUCACCAGCAAACGGCCCCUUCCAGCGUUCAGCAGGGCUCCUUGCCCAGUAUUGAUCCGAACACGGUUGAAAACGCCGCUCUUCGUCUUCACCUCCACCGAUCCCUCUCUAUCCUUUGUCCUCAGCAUCAGCCCACAACGGAAGAAAUUACAUCAGUAAUUCUUCUUCUUCAACACAUGGGCUGGAGCAAGUUCCCACAGUGACAACAGUCAGAUCCAUCUACUUCGCUGCGCAUGCAACAUCCCCAGCGUGUAGAUCUUGAUGUUCUCCCAACUUCGGGACGACACACGCUGAAAUACAUGCGGGAAAUGUCAUGUGGUUGGAUCAGCGAUACCACACCUCAGUAAUGAUGCUAUCGGAUGUUCUCCUGGACAUAUUGGGCUCGCUUGUUUUGGCACGGACACCGUUGCCCGUUGUGCCGCUCCAGCGAGC